AUGCGCGGGAAGGGUAAAAAAAAAGUAGUUCGAAACAACGGUAAAAAUGGAAAAGGUAAAAACGGUAAAAAUGGAAAGAAUAACGGUGGCAAGAGUAAGGGAGCGAAGAGAUCGAGAAAAAGUGGAGGAAGGGCAAAAUUUACUAUGGAUAUAUUUAACGAAGAAGUCAUGGAAAAUGCGUAUUACACUUGUCACAAUGUUAUGGAUGUAUUGAAGUGCAGGGGAUUCCCUUGGCCUGAUGCUCAAAAGAAGAAGAAAAGGAAGGGGAGGAAGUGA